AUUUGUUAUUAUUGUUGUUGUUUUUUCCUCCAGUGACGCGUCUGUUCUUUAAUUUUAAUACACUUCAGUAGUUUCUUACUGUUAAACUAUUUUUAUUUUGUAGAUUUAAUGGAUGAAAGAUGUAUUAUGGAUUUAUGAACAGAGACCAUAAGGUAGCUAAAAUCUGAUGAAGUUUUAACCCUACAUUUUCGUGCCCAGUGAUGGAUAUCUUAUAAAUUAAGAUAAAUGCAAAUGAGGAUAUAGAAAGUUUAAGCUGCUUAAAAAUGCAGGAGAAUAUUAUUUAGGAGUUAUUUUACUUAGAUUUGUUUUAUAAAGAGAUAAGUAAAGAAAGAGAAUGGGUGCUGUGAAUAGUUGUUGUAUUCCACGAAAGAGUGGUAUCGAAUCUGGAGGUGGGAGCAGGAAAUCGAAAAGUUUACGUUCACAUCGUCGCCAACUUAGUGCCACGUUUAACAUGACUGUACUUGACGAAGAGAAUGAUGCUAUGAUCAAGAACCAAAUUGAUAUAAAUGUGGCGACGGAAGAGGAGCUUAUGACGUUACCUGGAAUUAAUCGAGCUACCGCAAAACAAAUUAUCGAUUAUCGAAAACAGAUUCGUGGAUUUAGGCGUGUAGAGGAUUUAGCUCUUGUGUCCGGUGUUGGUGCCGCUAGGUUAGAAGCUAUACGGAAUGAAAUAUGUGUUAAAAGAAGUAACGGCUCAAAUGGAAGUAGUAAAAACUCACCAGAAAGUGGUAGAAACAAUAUCAAAGAUGCCAACUCAGUUAAAAUUAUCAAUCUUAAUACAUCCAAUGUGUUUCAGUUAAUGAAAGUCAAAGGUAUUGGUCAAACUUUAGCUGAAAACAUAGUUACGUACAGAGACAAAAAAGGGCCUUUUACAAGUAUAGACGAUUUAAUUAAAGUGAAAGGAAUUGGGCAGCAUGUACUCAGUGCAAUAAAACCACAAUUAACAUUAGACGAAAAUGUUGUAGCGGAUAGUUUAUCAUAUUCUUCAUCUAAAAAAUCAUCAAACUACAAUAACAGUGCAAUACCUAGUAGAAAUUCAGACACUUCUUUCAAUUCGGAGAACCUUUCAAUUAACCCAUCUAAUGAUUACACGAAAGGUUCGUUAGAGAAUUUAUUGAACACUUUAGGACCGUUUUCAGAAAAGCCAGUCAGACCUAUUGUGGAUUUUCCAAGUUUUAAGUGCAAUAAUAGAAAUGCUUUGAAAAUCGCUUCUUGGAAUUUACAAUGUUUUUCUGAGGAGAAGGCUGAUAACCCGGGCGUUAGAGAUGUCGUCUGCAUGACGAUUUUGGAGAAUGGGUUGAGUAUAGUGGCAAUACAAGAGUUAGCUGAUCAAAAUGCUUUACAAAAGAUCUGUGAUGAGAUGAAUUCACCAACACUACCAAAUAUACAGAAGUGGGCAGGGCAUAGAGGAAAAUGGAAGUGUGUAGUGUCAGAAGCUACUGGCAGAAUGCACAUGAGCAACGAAUUUAAUGGAUUCUUGUAUGACGAGUCUCAGGGUAUAUCUGUAAUAAGUUCCUGUCUUCUGGCAAAGACGAAAAAACAGAAACCAUUUACACGAAGACCUUUUAUUGCUACAUUCAAGAUAAAACGAUUUGACUGUGCAAUAGUAAGUGUACACCUUAAAGCAACAGGUCUGGCUAAUGAAGAUUUAGGUCGACUACAAGCAGAAAUAGACAAGAUCUCAAACCUUGUUGAAGCUAUACAAGAACAACUACCUGAUGAGAAGGACAUUAUUAUACUUGGAGAUUUUAACCUAGCACCAAAUACUGAUGAUUUCAAUGAUUUACGUAACCUAGGUUACCAUAAUUGUAUCAGUGAUGGAGUGUACACUAACAUUAGUGAUGCUAACUUAAAAGGCAGCAAGACGUAUGAUAAUAUAUGGAUCUCGAAACAAACCAAGCAAGUCUUUACAGGAAACAGUGAUGUUAUUCGAGAAGGACUCUCAAGUCCCUGGAUUCCGAAAGGCUGGACAUGGGGUGGGGUGGUCAGUGACCAUUGUCCUGUCUGGGCUCAGAUCUAUACCAGCAAAGAUCUUGACUCUGGUGAUCUCAAGAUAGGGCCAGAAGCUAUAAGAUUUGCUCUAGGCAACGAAUAAAUUUUUGCUAAAAUUCUUACCCGUCGAAAAUUCAAUAUAUAUUGCCAAAUGACUGUAUAUAUACAUUGUACAUAAACAAAAAAGCUAUUUAUUUCUUGCCCAUUUUUUUUCCUUAGUGAUUUUACUCUUAAUUUUUAAUUAUUUCAUUUUUGAAAUACCUUCACUUUAUACAAAAUGAGCUUAUAUAGAAUGUUCAUUUGAUAAAUAUAACAUAAUUGUAUUUAAGUUUAAUUUAAAAUUAUGUUAGAAAUUAAAUUAAAUGUUAGGAUUAAAAGGUAUUUUUUAUAUUGCCAGCAAUUUUCCUAGACCGACAUAAGUGGUUGAAUUUAUGUAAUGUAGUUUCCAAGUCUAACAAGUUGUUGUUUUUUUUUUGUUUUUUUCUGUCCUUUUCAAAACAAUGAAUAUGCACUCAACUUUAAAAACCCACUUGUCGUAUUUUGAUUAUUUUAAAAUAGAAUAUGGUAAAAUAUUUUUUAUUAAAGUUGAAAAAAAAAUAUAGCCAUCAGCUGUGGAAUUUUAUUUUAAUUUAUGUGUUACUUAUUUUAAUUUUGAUUGAAAUACAAAACUGAAUGAAAUAAUAAUGAAUGAUUUAAAAUUGUGUAUUACAAAUUUCUUAAUCAUGAAUUGUCAUUUAAAAUACAAGGAAAGAUACUUGAGAAAUUUAUCAAUAAAUUGUUACAUAAAUCCAUCAUUAAGCGAGGACUUUGUAAAACAGUUGUAUUUCAAGUAAAAUAAAGAAUAAAAUACAUCAGUUUCUGGCCAUCUUUUUUAUUGUUACUUAUUUCAUUAUGAAUAUAAAAUCAUUUUUCAUUGCCCAAGAAAUAUAUAGAAUAUUUUUAUCAAAAUUAUUUUCUACCUGAAAUACUACCAUUUUAGAACCUAGAUAGGGGUGUUCUUCAGAUCAAAAACUAUGAUUUUAAUAGUUGAUCCAGAAAUGUGCUUUCUUUAUUUGUAUAUCAGAAUUAUUUGUAAACAUUUGCCAGUACCAGUACCUACUAGCUUGCUUAAAUUUUUACAUUUAUGAUAGUUUUAGAUAUGACCACAAUGUGUAUACAUGUAUAAUGAUUUUCCUUUACUUAUUUUGUAAAGUCAGGAUAUUUUACAGAUUAAAAAAAAUAAACAACAACAAUAAAUUCCAUGAUGAAAAGUUGUUUAAACUGUUAUUUUAAUUGUGGAUUUAACUAAAACAGAAGAUGUUAUAUGUGUAUUCAGUACAUUUUGAUUGGAAAAUUUAUUUGGAAAGUUACUCAGGAAAAAGAUUUUAUCCAUGGUUAUGUUUUUAAAUGUUUUAUUACUGGGAAUAUAUUCAGAUAAAUUUGUGAGAAUUUUUUUUUAUAAAUAGAUGGUGUGAUGAGAGUCAGGGGAUGUGGAUGGGGCAACUGACAUAAUUAUAUGUAUAAGAAAAAGAACCGGUCCCUAUCAUUCUGAUAUUGACAUUCUCUUAAAAAAUCCACAGUCGUUGUCUGUGUUCAAACACCCAGAAAGUAUAAUCAGACUUCAAAACCGAGUUCCAAAAAGAAAAGAAAGGGGUUUGACAUUGAUAAAAACAAGAACACUGACAAUGUUAAAUGGAAGACCCAGUUUGAAGACAGAGUAAUAAUAAAAAUAGUAAUGCUUAAUUAUUUCAACAAAAUUUAUUUUUUUUAUUAUUUGAAAAAAUUAUCUGUAUUUUGUACUUACUAAAUGCAAUGUCAAAAAUUUAUGAACAGUCUUGGAUUUUAAGUGUUACGUUUUAGAAAUUAUUUUUAAAUAUAAAAGUGUGGAUUUACUAGACUGAUUAAAUUUAGCCAAUUUACCAUAGUAAAUGUGUUACGAUUCAUUUGAAAUACUGCAAUUUUAUUGGACAAAAAAUAUUUUUCAAACACUUAAUUAUAUUUAUUUGCUAUGAAUCAAAUAUUAUAUUGAUAUUGAAUCAAAUACGGAAAUAAUUUUUGUGUUUUUGUACACUACCACUUUAUGAAAUAAUUACUAUGUAAUAAUUCUUUUAUGUUUUAUAUUUGACCAUUUUAUGAUAGACAAUGUGAUAUUUUAUAUUUUAUUUUAAUGACAUAUUUUUUGGAAUGGAUACUUUAUAUUAACCAUUGGCUCCACUUAUGGACAUUUUUGUAAAUUUAAUCCAAAUCUAUAUAUAUAGCUGUAUCAGAUGUACCUGAAUUAUUCAGGAAGCUUUGUUUUAAUCAUAGAAGAAUAUACUUUAUCUAAGCUCUACAAUUUUUACAUUGACAUUAAGUUAUUUUUUCUAGCAAUUUCAUGUUAAUUUCAUGUUUUGUUACUCAGACAGUCAUUCAAAACAAUGCAAGAUAAUUUUAUCAGAUUUCUGAAUAUUUUGAAACAAAAAAUUGAGCCGCGUCACGACAAAACCAACAUAGUGUUUGCGGCCAGCAUGGAUCCAGACCAGCCUGCACAUCCACAUAGUCUGAUCAGGAUCCAUGCUGUUCGCUAUUAGUUUCUCUACUUGUUAUAGUUGGUAAGCGAACAGCAUGGAUCCUGAUCAGUCUGUGCGGAUGUGCAGGCUGGUCUGGAUCCAUGCUGGUCGCAAACGCACUAUGUUGGUUUUGUCGUGACGCGGCUCAAAUAUUCUGAUCCUUGAUCAUGUAAAGCAUUUUUCUCAAUUACAUUUAUAGGUUAUCUCCCGUUGAAUAAUUUUUCUUGUUCUAUGGCCAGUAAGGAUUUCUUUAAAUUUUGAAUAAAUUCAAGAUUAUAAAGUAACAUUGUAUUCUCAGUCUUUUUGGGAAAAGGACAAUAUAUUUUGAGAUUUAUACAUUAAUUUUAACUAUUUUGUAUGCGAUUGAACAAAUUUGUUGGAUGAUCACAAAUUUCAACAGAUCAAAUAAUUUCUGAUCAAAGUAUUUUAGUAGAUGUGCUUAUAAUAUGUGUUCAUUAUUGUUUGUAUGAUAUAAGCUUAACUAAGAUUGCAAGGUGCUUGAUUUAAGAAUGAUUUAAAUUCAUGUGUACAUGUGUAUUAAUUUAUACAGUCACAAAACAUGUGACUAAAGUUAAGCUAAUGACAAAUUCAGAGUUGGUCAGUCAAAGAAGUUAUGAAUGAUUGAUUGAAUUUCAAACACAAUUUAACUGGUUUAUUUAUUUUUUAUUUACAAAUCAGUUGGUAAAUUCAAUAGUUGACAGGCAUUUUCUUUGUCGUUAGUUUUGUAAAUGAUGAUCUCUGAAUCAUGUGUUGGUUAUAUUUAAAUUGCCUACCAGUCAAUAGCCGAUUGUCAUUUAUCACCAGAACACCAUUGAGUAUACAUUAGUUUUAUUUUAACUUUGAAAGCAUAUAUUUAUAUGUCAAAGCAUUCUAUCCAACUGGUAUCAAAGAGACUAUAAACUGAGUUAAAGCUGCACGCCUCCAGAUGAGCCAAAAUAUUUCUUUAAAAAAAUGUAUUAAGAUCUUAAGAAAAGUAAAACGAUUUUUUUUUUCAAUAUUUAAUUAAUUUUAUACAUGUAAAGUGCCAUUAAUGCAGUAUUAAUCACUAUAAUUUUACUGCGUUACUAAUGCAGUAAGAGGUAUUUAUAAAUAUUUUGACCUCUUUUUGGUAAUUUACGUGGAUUGUAAGUGCAGUUUGCAAUGUGUAAAUUACUUUCUUUGUUCACUUCACAAUAUUUUACUUUUGAAUACAUUUUCAAAAAAUUUCAUGAAAAUUAGAAUGGAUCUGGAGGCAUGCUGCUUUAAAUCCACGUGACUAGAGAGAAUGCGAGAGCAUAUUACACUACAGUAUAUACAUAUAUAUUAUAAUGGGAGAUUAAAGUGUGAAUUAAAAAAAUAGCUCACAUCAUACAUUAUAUUAUUUGAUAUUUUCUCUUUUUUUUUGCUUACCUGCUGCAAAUGACUUAAUAGAAAAAUCAUCAAUAAUUUAUUCCAUUUAUGUUACAAUGUUUUAAGAGGUGUAAAUGAAAAUCAAUUUACUAUCAUGUUUUAUAGACAUCUGUUAGAAUACAUUAUGUCAUGUUUUGUCACAAUGAUUGAAUCAAUGCAAUGAAAUCAAUAAAUGGAUAUUAAGAUAAA